UUGUGUAGUACAAUUGAUGGCGAUAAGACGUUCAAGCCAUCUGGACAUCAAAUUGAUUGGACGUCUAUUGCCGUCAAUGGCACAAAAAAAAAAUCAUUCACUGCAAGCCCUCCCAAUCCAAAUGUAUUGGAUGUCUAUUGCCGUCAAAGGCAUCCACUGAGUUUAAAAAAGACCUGAAACAAGGGCCUGGGCUGGCCGAAAGCAAAUCAUGAAAUUGUCGCUCGAGGCUCGGCUAAUAUCAGGAACAUUGAUGUUGCCCUAGGGCGCUGCUGUUUGUACUGAGGCCCCGCCCACUGCAUAGAGACAACAGCUCACCAAGAGAAGCUCACCAAACAACUAAUAGGAAUAAGGUUAACACAUGCUGGAUCACACACACUCACUGAAAGUUGGCCAAGCAGGAGACAUCCUUGACUGACGGAGUCGGCACUUCCAGAGCAGGGAUUGUAUCGUCAUGGCUACUCCUCAAGAACGCAAACCCAAAAGACCUCAUUACAUUCCUCGUCCACCAGGGAAACCAUUCAAGUACCAAUGUUUCCAGUGUCCCUUCACCUGCAAUGAAAAGUCUCAUCUCUUUAACCACAUGAAAUACAACUUGUGCAAAAACUCCAUCUCCCUGAUGUCACAGAAAAACAGUCACACGGCUCGCCAGCACAAGGUUGCCACGAAGCCCAUCCCGGUGAAAUCUACCGAUGGCGCGACAUCGCCGGAAGCUUCCAUUCAACAGGAGGUUGAGACGAGUGAUUCGUCAGAAGACGUUGACAUUGAGAGCGAUGGAGCGGUGGAGAACGACAGCCCGAGUUUGCCAAAAAAUGUUGAUUCCCUGCCUCGCCCGUCCGCCUUUUCCACUGUCAAACCCAUUCGUAACGUAGUUGAGCCCUUAAAUUCGCCUUCGCCCCUCUCGGACGGUCCACAAACUCCUAUUCCUACAUUAGAGCGCCAACCAUUCCCUUGGACCUUCAAACCAUUCCAUAUGGAAUACACUCCUUAUAUGCGGCCUUUCUAUUCCUCAUAUUACCAACCUGCGAGACAGACCGCCAACGAGACCAAUUCUUCUCUCCGACUUGACUUUCCAGAUUCCCAAAGACCAGUAAUGCCGCAAGCCAUCGUUCCGCCUCCUGCUUCACUCUUCGCCUCUUACCCGUACCAAUACUGUCACCCUCUUCACUCAGGGCAGCCAUUUCCUUAUAGCCUGUACGGACCCCACGAACUGUUAAGAUAUCUCCCCUUUGACUGGUACGCACAACCACGAGCUUCGAAAGAUUACGACUUCUACAUGCAAUCUGGACACAAUCGUUUUGCCGAACAAGAACAACUCAGGCAAAGUAAAGAAAAGGACACCAGGCUGAGCCCGAAAGAGGGCUGUUCAGCUCUGGGCUCGCCCGACAUACCCAGUCACAGGUACAGCGAGGAGGAGAAAAAUAUGCAGACUGACGCCAGGCGAAAGGAUACAGCUGAAAGCUUGCUGCAGCUAGGAACUCUGCUUGUGGGCACAGGAUCGACUGAGAGCAGCAGUUAUUCCGGCGUAUCCGAUUCGUGUCCAGAAGCCACCUCAGAACAGGAAAAAGGAGACAACAGAAGCGCAUCAGCACCGCUAAACCUCUCAGUGAGGAACCAGGACAUCUCCGAAAACGAGGCGCCGCUAAAUCUCAGCAUCCGCUCUCCCUGCGCUUUGGAAGAUGCCGAUCAAACAGAUGAAGAAGCUUGCGACCAGAGGAAAACGGCGGCGUUGGCGCUCUGUCAACUCGCUAUUGCCAGCUCGGCCGCUUCUUUGCAAGACUUUGUGGCGGGCAAACCAGCAGAAAAUGAAAAACUAAUUUCGGAGUCAGACUCAAGGAAAAACAUCGGACUUCAGGGGGGGGCUAACGUAACGGGUAUGAAACGCGUUGCUGGGAACAACACGCACAAACCAAAGAAAAGGAAAAUGGCUGUGCGUGUUAUGAGGAGGAAACCUCGUUACUGCUAAAAACAUACAAUUGUUUGAAAUAGACUCCGCCCUCUUCUCAGUUAUAAGUAUAGAUCACUAAUUUUUUGCAUUAAGAAGAGAAACGUACUGUACUAUUUGCUGCAAAAUAAGAUCCGCCUAUUGAACAUCCACAUUACUGAAGCACUGAAAGACUGUAAAUACUUUAGUGGGGAAAUGUGAUUAGUUAAGGUGACACUGAAUGUUUUGGGAGCGUGUUUUUUUUUUUUUUAAUUGACAAUCUUGCCACUUUUUGAAGAACUCAAAUAAAAAACAAGA